AUGGGCAAGCUGGUGGAGACGAUGAAGGAGAUCAGGAAGGAUCAGCCGGGUGCGGCGGCAGAUGGGCUUGCUGCCGCCAUGGCGCGAAUGUGCGCGUUUGCCGCGAACCUCUUCCUGAGCCGCCGCAGCUGCGAGAGCUUCCCGUCCUUCUGCAAGACGUUCGACGCGUUCGAAGAGCUCGGGGCCGAGGUUGCGGGCCUCUCGCUGCUCGUGCGGGAGUUGGCGAAGAUUGGGCUCGAGUCGGACGCGCUCCCCGUGCUUGCGGGGGCGGGCGCUGCUGACCGCGUGAUUUUACAGGCGGCCGCGGGCCGGGGGCAGAUCCGGGCCUCGAAGGAGAUCGCGGGGGCCGCCGCCGACGACGCGGCGCCAGAUGUCUACGAGCAAGUGUCGACAGCGCUGCAGGCCCUUGGGCCCGAAGCUCCCCAUGGACAUGACGUACCCAGUGUUCGAGAUUGGUGUGGCCUCCUGAUGAAGGCUGGGAUCGAGCCGCAGAGCCCGCUGGUCGAGGGGGCGCGCGGUUUCCUCGCGGCGUUGCGGGGGGUCCCUGCAUGGGGCCAGCCGAAGACGUUGGCGUGGUUCGAGGUCUUGGGGCGGCUCGCCUUCUCCGAGCGCUUGGGCCUCGCCGAGGAAGAUGAAGAGGCGGGCGCGGAUGACGGGGCGGACCUCGCCCCAACGGCUUUCGUCGAGCCGAAGGGCAAGAAGGGCAAGAUGCCAGAGUGGCUGAGGGGCAUGGCCGCCGCCGCCGAGGCCGCCGAGGGGCCGGCCGUCGCGGCGGGUGCCGCCGCUGAGGGCCCAGUCGCGAGCGGCCCCGCGGGCGGCCCGCAGCCGGCCCCCGCGGGCGGGCCGCCGCUGGCCCCAAGCGGCGACGAGCCCGCGGCGGGAGACGCGGCGGCGAGCCUCGCCGCGACCGGCGAGGGCGCUCCCGCGGGCGCCAUCGCAGAGGGCGCGGUCGCGGGCGGCGGCGCGGGCGGCCCGUGGGCGGGCGCCUGGGGGGGGAUCGAGGAGUCGGAGGAGGGGCAGCGGGGCAUCCUCGCGGACAUGUACUAUCCAAAGGUGAAGAGCCUCUUUGUGGAGGUGUGGUGCCAGACGGACGAGCUCGCCGCGGCCCUGGCUGGUCUCCUGGGCCACGGGUUGGGCGGCAAGACUCAGGCGGGCUGGGUGGGCGAGCAGGAGUGCCGCGAGGUGUUCGCCGAGUGGGUGUCGGUGUCGACGGGGCUGGCCAAGGGGGCGAGCCUGGGGGCCGGCGCGGCCCCCGCGGCGUCGGAGGGCCAGACCCUCGCGGGCGCGGGGCCCGCCCAGCAGCAGCAGCAGCAGCAGCAGCAGCAGAGCGUGGGGCCCGACGGCGCGGGCAACGCGACCAAGCAGAAGCCCGUCCAGCUGAAGGGCCUCGAGCCCCUCUUCGAGUGGGCCGGAGCGGUCGGCGCCAAGGUGUUGGUGUACGCGCCGAGUCCGGAGGCCUGCAGCCGAGCGGUGCUGGGCUUGCUGUCGCUCCUGCCGGGCGGGCUGUGGCUGGGCUUCAACUCGGACGGGCUGGGAAGCAGGCACUACCACUUCCGGAAGCACGGCCUGCCGCUCCAGUGCUUCGGCCCGCGGUGCUGCGUGUACCCCUACCUGGGGCUGCAAAUGCUCGACAGCCUGCUGCAGAUGCGGGGCUUCCUCGUCGGCACCACCAACAGGAUGAUCAUCGAGCGCACGGCGCCUGACGUCAUCUUGGAGGUGCCCGCCAGCGGGCUGGACGGCUGCUCGGUGCAGUACUGCAACAGCGAGCUGCAAAGGCUGGUGCGGCACACGGGGCAGGAGCGCGCCUGGCAGCAGGCGUCCGCCGCUCGCCUCGAGGCGGCGGCCCCCUGCGAGGCGCCGCCCGAGGCGGAGGCCCGCGCGGCGGCCCCCGCCGCCGACGAGGAGCGGCCCGUGCCGAAGGCUCCCGCGCCGCAAGAGGCCUCCGCGACGGCGCCGCCGCCGAUACCGGCUGGCGUUCAGACCUUCGCCAUGGACGACGAGGAGGACGAGGAGGCGGCCGACGCCCAGGCAGAGUACGACAACGCAGCCUGGGCGGCAGCCGCUGCGGCAGGCGCCACGAACCCAGAGGGGGAGGCGGCGAAGUCCACCAGCAUCGCCAAGGCCGCGGACCGCUUCAGCCGGGCCCUGCACGCGGAUCCGCCGGAGUGGCUCAUGGCCCUGAUGCCGAGGCCCGCUGGCCCAGAUGCAUCGGCGACGCCCUCGGAGAGGCUCCACAGGGAGAUGGAGUGGCCGUCGAUGGUGGACGCGAGCCGGGCGCAGUUCGGCGCCUACUGGGAGCGGCUGCUCGAGCGCGCCGCUUUCGCCGCGGGGGCUGAGCGGGACUUCCCGAAGGGCCUCGAGGAGGCGCCCCGCGAGCUGCGCUGGGAGCUCGCGGCGUUCGGGCCCGACUUCCUCGUG